AUGAUGCUUAAUGUGGGCACAUAUAUGAAUGCAAAAAAACCAUUGAAAAAUCUAUCUGUCCUCUUUGAUGAGUACGGUCCUGUGGUACGAUUCGUUAGUCCCGUGGGUGGGGAUAUAGUUUUAAUAAAUCACCCAGAACACAUUCAAAAAGUUUACGCAAUGGAGGGAAGCUUUCCUGUUAGAUCAGCUUUGGAUUCUCUAGAAAAAUAUAGAUCUGAGCACAGAAAUCAGAUUUACGGUGGAUUGUUAACUGCGUUAGUUACUUCCUUUUUUAUACUUAGUAUACAGCAAAUGGGCAAAUUAAUAACAAGAUGUUACGGCGAGGAAUGGCAUCGUCAGCGGGAAACUGUAGUAGCUCCUCUACAUGAUUCGGUGAACAAACACAUAAGCGGCAUCAAUGAAGUUUGCGAGAAUUUUACACAGAAGAUAAAUAACUUGCGAAACCACCAAGACGAAAUUACGAACAACCUGUAUAAGGAAAUUUACAAGUGGUCUUUUGACUGUAUGGGAUUGAUCCUCUUCUCGAAGAAAUUUACCAUGUUGAAUACAGAGGUUGUGUACAGUCAGUGCGACAUGUCAUGGCUAUACCACAGCUUGGAGAAAGCUACCGAUGCUAUCAUUGAAUGCGAGUCCGGUAUGCAGUUCUGGAAACUAUUCGCGACACCUGCUUGGAGUUCCUUGGUUAAAUACUGCGACAGUUUGGAUAAUUUGAUCGGAAAAUAUGUACUGGAAGCGGAACAGGCUGUUAGUGUUCAACAGAAGAAUAUGGGGCCGGUGUCUGAUGAACUUAAUAAUAAUUCUUUGGUCAAUGCAAUGCUGUUGGGAGAAAACAAAAUGAGCGCCGAAGACAUUGCUACAAUUAUUAUGGAUAUGCUUCUAAUUGGAGUUAACACUACUAGUCCCGCCAAUUCCUGUGCUAACCAGAGUUUUACCAAAAAAUAUAACUAUUGACAGAUAUAAGUAAGCAUUAAUACUACAGUUUAUUUUGUGUCCAUUUUAUGAUAUCAUUUACUUUUAUAACAUUGCAACCUUCCAAUUUUUAAAACAGUAUCCCUCGUGGCACACUUAUUGUUAUGUCUACUCAAGAUGCCUCUCUUAAAGAAGGAAAUUAUGAUGAUGCAUCAGUUUUCUACCCUGAGCGGUGGUUGAAGGAUGAUGCAAAGGAAUACCAUGCUUUUGCAUCUAUACCAUUUGGUUUUGGAGCCCGUAAGUGUUUGGGCCAGAAUAUAGCAGAGACAAUGCUCUCUUUGCUUACACUUAGGGUAAGCCGAUAUUCUUAUAAUUAUGACAGAUUUUAAUUUUGUUUUGAUAGAAUGUCUAAUUUUUACAAAACUUUCAGAUUCUCCAAAAGUAUAAGCUAGAAUACCAUUAUGGAGAUAUCCGAUCAACGAGAAGUUUUAUAUCAAGACCUAAUAAGGCACUAAAGAUUAGGUUUGUGGAUAGACUUUAAUUUUUGCAGAACAGAAGCGGUUUCAACUAAAUGUAGUUAACCAUUAACCUAGUAGAGCAAGUAAUGUUUUAGUUAAAUAAAAUACUUUGUAAACUUAAAAUUAUUUAUUAGUCUACUGAUUUUAAAUUGUAGAUGUUAACAUUUAACAAGUUUAAACACAAUAAAAUAUUUAAAAGAUACAUAAGUUUAUUUUAUUUCUUAGAAAUAGAAAUUUUAGUAUAAAUAACUUUGUAUAUUAGGUAAAUCUACCUAUACUUAUGUUUGAAACUACUGAUGUCACUCAGUGUACCAUGCCAAAUAGGGUUGUUGUUUUUCCUCAGUCAAAAAGAAAUUGCCAACCUUAGUUUUGAAUUAAUAAAAGCAUAAAAAUUUUAAUCUAAACCAUUCAAAAUGUAUAACAUUAAUUAAUUAUGCAAUUUACUAAGUGUUCAUACAUAUUUUUUUGAGUUCAACAGAAAUAGGAAUGGUAAUCAACAUAAAACAA